UGCAAAUCUCAUUCCAGAUAUUGUUACCUGAUCCGCUGGAAAAAUGUUGGAUUUUUAUCCGACGAGUUCUUCAACAUGUUCCUGCUUCGCGCCAAUAAUAUGAUUGCGUUAUUCAAUACAAGUGUGGCUCUCUAUAUUGAUGGUUUGUUCUUCCCAUACUAUUGGAUUUGCUCGGGUCAGAUGCCAAGAAUGGUUGUGCACAAGUUAACCCUUCUGUACAAAGUGAUCUUAGGUUGUGGAGUGGCAUUGGAUUGUUUCAGCAUUUUCAAAACCAUCGCCCUCAAACGGGCGGAUCGGAAGCGGGACAAUUUGGCAAUGGUCAAAAAAGCUUCUCACAUCCCAAACUCUCGACGAGUGACAAUGAUUCCUAGCCGGGGGAUCCUUAUUGGCAUUGCGUUGUUUUUUUCGUCUGGUGUUCCGUUUUUUGUCUUCACCUCCAACUUGGAAUUGAUCAUCAACUACCCGGUUGGAUUAUUGCUGGGUCUUGUUCUGCCGCAAUUUGUCAUCUCAACUCUGCUGCCUGUAAUUGGCUACAUCUACAACAAAGAGAUGAGGGAGCACAACUGGCGGCACUUUAAAGCCGAGCUCAGAAACAGAGGACUCAUUCAUUAGGAGAGAAGAGCAUGUAUAGAUUAAUGCGCAGUUUGAUAUCUUUAUCAGAUUUAUUUUUUAUCUGUAUUGUAUAUCAAUAAGCCAAAAUGGACGGGUUUUAUUGUCUGUGACCAAGUCUUAUUGAAAUAAAACUGAUGGUAAUACUUAAA